UACCUAAUGACUUUGCUUCAAUGAUUUGGGGAGACCAACCACCUUACAAAGAUUCAGUUAAGAUUGUUGAUGGUAACAAGUUAUGGUUUGUAAGAGUGAAAAAAACUGAUGUGGGCCAUGUUCUUGGUGAUGGCUUCACCAAAGUUGUUCGGGAUAGUUGUGUAAGAAAAGAUGACUACCUUAUGUUUCAGUCAUAUGGACCAUCAGCAUUCUUUCUAAUGGUGUUUAAAUCAUUUGUUCAGAAAAACUGCUUUAUAUCCAAGAUCAAUCCUCACGAAGAUGUUAUUGUAAUGGCUGAUGAAUUUUGGAGGCAAUUUUAUGGUCAAAAUUUCAAAGGUGGUCAGUCAACUCUUUAUUUAGGAGAUAGAUUUUGGAACGUUAAGAUGGACGGAUUAACUGACAGCUGUGUUUUUAUUCAUGGAUGCUCUGAGAUGAUAAACGAUCUUGCCUUAGAAAGGCGAUCUACCUUUGUCUUUUCACUGCAUGGAAAUAAAAUUUUUGAGAUUUCAGUCUUUAAUCAUCAAACCGGUACUCAAAUUCAGAACAACAGGGUGGAGUUAAUUGUUUUGGAUGACUCAAUCUAUGGUGAUGAUGGUGAUGAUUUUUUUAUUGCGUCUGAACAUAAGGAGAAGUGUAGUAGUGAUGGAACUGACUUUCAAGAAGGUGUUGUUGUGGAAUGUGAAGAUGACAAAUUUCAGUUGGCAAGUUUUGAAGCUGUGUUCAAUGAUAUUGAUGAUUCGAAGUUUGAUAAGUUUUUCUCAUCUCUACUUGAAAUGGAAGAUCUUAAGAAGAAGUUCAAAGAUGAUUGGGAUAAAAAAACUGAACCGCAAGGCAAAGCAAGGGUUGUUUGUGAUGAAGAUUUAACUUUAAAGGACAAAAGCAAGUUUGAGACGGAUCUGGACAAAUUUUUGAUACCCAAGAACAAGUCCCAUGUUGAUCCUACAGGGAAAACAAAUGUUGUUUUUUCUGAACCGAGUCUGUGCUCCACAUUUGUUUCUGAUGCCAUUCCGAAAUAUACAGUUGAUGUUGCUCAAAGUGUUUUGCCGAGAAAGAGGAAGGUUUAG